CCAAAGAACACUAAAUUUGCCGUGAAUCCGCUGCCUUGUUCACUGGCCUGUUCACGAGAGAAAAAAAAAUCCAAACCUACUUCUCGCUUGCAGUUACAGACAACUAUCGGGAAGAAAAGGACAGCGUGAUGUGACGCCGAGUGGGGGUUAAUGAAUUUACGCCUGUGCUCCUGCCGGAGCGAGCCUGGUCUGUAGCUCCCUAGUUGAUGGAUACCCAUUAAUACACCUGCAUUCACGUCCCGACCAUGAGGAGGCACGCAGGGAUUCAGUACGGAGCGGCACAGUUUUGCCAAGUCCUCUCGAAACGUCAAUACCCUUCAAGUUACACCCAAAGGAGAGCGAUUUCUCUUGAUUUCCGUGUGUACAGAGGACCGGGGCGGCUUUCUAGCCGGUAACCUUCUAUAUGUGCCUGCGUGAGCGUGUGUGGUGUGGCUGUGUAUACAUAUCUAUCUCCUAGAGAGGGAUUAAUUAGCCGGGUUCGAGCUGAAAGAGGCUGCAGUGACGAGCCCAGUGGCGAUUGGCCGCCCGCCUGCCUGGCCCUGCCUUUAUAAUUUCCACACGAGUGCAUCUGGGCUCUUAUACAAACCAACAGCCAGCUUCUUCUGACAUACACACACGGCACUUUUUUCCAUCAUCUGAUUAACCGCCCUGCAUACACACGUGCAACUUUUGUUUUUUCUUGCUGCUGGGAAAGGUGCUGCUCUCGAUGCUUUCCUCUCACUCACGGACCCUUUAAAAAAGGGGAAGGAAAAAUAUCGCCCCCUCCAGUCCCCCGCCCGCUCCCCCUCCCUUCACCCCCCCGCCACACACACUUCAAGACGGCUGAUCUAAAAAAGCAGGAAGAGAGCAUCUGAGGAGCAGCAGCCCCGGCGCAUUUUGAAAAACAUUUGUUACAUUUCAGAGUGCCGCAGCCUGUUUCUCCUCUGAAGUUGGCUCCAGCCAUAGCAGCCGCAUUGGAUCCCACAGCCUAUUGCGAGACUCCGGUAUACAACCCGGAUCUCUGCCCCAACAUGAUCGCGGCCCAGGCCAAGCUGGUGUAUCAUUUGAAUAAAUACUACAAUGAGAAAUGCCAAGCCAGGAAAGCUGCAAUCGCCAAAACGAUCCGAGAAGUCUGCAAAGUGGUGUCGGACGUGCUGAAGGAGGUGGAGGUGCAGGAGCCUCGCUUCAUCAGUUCCUUGAACGAGAUGGACAAUCGCUACGAGGGGCUGGAAGUCAUCUCCCCCACGGAGUUUGAAGUCGUGCUGUAUCUGAACCAAAUGGGGGUUUUCAACUUCGUGGAUGACGGCUCCUUGCCGGGCUGCGCUGUGUUAAAGUUAAGCGACGGGCGCAAGAGGAGCAUGUCCCUCUGGGUGGAGUUCAUCACGGCGUCUGGCUACCUCUCCGCUCGCAAAAUCCGGUCCAGAUUCCAGACUCUGGUGGCUCAAGCCGUGGAUAAGUGCAGUUACAGAGACGUGGUAAAGAUGGUGGCGGACACCAGCGAGGUGAAGCUGAGGAUCAGGGAUCGGUACGUCGUGCAGAUCACUCCAGCGUUCAAGUGCACGGGGAUCUGGCCGCGGAGUGCUGCGCACUGGCCGCUUCCCCACAUCCCCUGGCCGGGACCCAACCGGGUGGCGGAGGUCAAGGCGGAAGGCUUCAACCUCUUGUCCAAGGAGUGCCACUCUCUGGCCGGCAAGCAGAGCUCGGCCGAGAGCGAUGCCUGGGUGCUGCAGUUCGCGGAAGCUGAGAACAGACUGCAGAUGGGCGGCUGCAGGAAGAAAUGCCUCUCCAUCCUCAAAACCUUACGGGACCGUCACCUGGAGCUGCCGGGCCAGCCCCUGAAUAAUUAUCACAUGAAGACUCUGGUUUCCUACGAAUGCGAAAAGCAUCCCCGCGAGUCGGACUGGGACGAGUCGUGCCUGGGGGACCGGCUCAACGGGAUUUUACUGCAGCUCAUCUCGUGCCUCCAGUGCAGGAGGUGCCCGCACUAUUUCUUGCCCAACUUAGACCUCUUUCAGGGCAAACCUCACUCGGCCCUGGAAAACGCGGCCAAACAAACGUGGCGACUGGCUAGGGAAAUACUUACCAACCCUAAAAGUUUGGAGAAACUUUAGAGGGUAACUAUAAAACCGGCCUGACCGAUAAAUCUGCUAAUUUCCCGAUGAAGUUUAAGAUGCCUGUUUGAAAAGUCAUAUAUUUCCACUUGACAAUGCAAAUAAUAUUCUCUUUUAAAAAGGAAUAUAGCUUAAGCUCUUCACAAAGAAAAGCAAAUGAGAACAGCAAGCAUCGUUCCUCUUCGUCACAGUUUUGCAGUUCCCCGUGGGGGAAAAACAAAAAGAAAGAAAGAAAAAAAAAAAAAAAAGAAGAAAGAAAAAAAAUGAAAGUGUGUUACCUGGAAAUGAAAAUUGGCCGUAAUUUGAUUGUGACCAUUCUGCCUAAAAACGGUACCAACGGAUUAUAACAAAACCCGGUAUUUUUAUGUAAACCUUCUGUGAGUAAAAGCUAUUUGGAUAUGCCACCUGAACAAACCCUAAUGUACCUUUUAAUUUGUAUCAAAUAUUGUGAUCUCACAUUGUGUUUGAAAUUGUGGAUGUUGGUGUUUUGUGAUUUGGUGAACAGAAGUUAAAUUGCCAUUUUGGAUACUUCAAGGACAUUUUCUGCUAAAAAGAAGAUACCAUUUAAAAAGGUAGAUUUUAUCACGGUACUUUUGUUAAUUGUCUUUUGAAGUGUCUGAACUUAACAAGUUUACAUUUUUCGUUUCAUAUAUAUUGCUUGUUCUAUUUCUAACAUUCCAUAAAUAUACUUGAAAUGUUAUUUAAAUAUAUUCAAAAGAAAUUUGGAUUCUGCUUAUAUAAUAACGCUUGAAUAUUGGAAUUAUAUAUUUGAAAAUGCACUUGAAAUACACUGGAUAAUUACUUUUUGUGAUUUAGAUUUUAAUUUCUGUUGCUGAUUUAUUUAAUUACAAGCUAAUAAAUGAAGUAAAAUGCA